AAAUUACGCGAUGGCCAAGAAUACAAAUUUUUUUUAUUUAAUUUUGUGGAAAACGUGCAUUGUCACAAAAUAAAUAAAUCCAUCAGUCAUAAAACUUGUCAGAUAAUAAAUAUCGAAGUGAUAGCAGUUUAGUGUGUGUAUAGAAUACUGUUCUUGUCUAAAGGAAGGUUAUGUAACGUGAGUUAAGGUGUGGUUCUUUGGUGACAUCAGUCCUGAACGUGUAGCCGGGUAAGUUGAGUAAGAAAAAAAAAAUGGCAGAGAUCAAUUGGCCGCUCGUGGGGGCCACAGUUUUGCCGAAUGUCGGAGGUUGGAUUGGUGCGUACUUCACUCGCAAGAACGUGAAGGUCUGGUAUGAGUCCUUGAAGCGACCUGAUUGGCGGCCCCCGAACGCUGCGUUUGCUCCCAUCUGGACCGGGCUCUACUGCGGCAUGGGCUACGCCUCCUACUUGGUGUGGCGAGACGGGGGCGGCUUCGAUGGUCCCGCCAGGCUGCCGCUGGCUCUGUACGGCUCGCAGCUCGCCCUCAACUGGGCCUGGUCCCCGAUAUUCUUCGGCGCCCACAACAUCAAAUUGGGGCUGGUGACCAUCGGGGUGCUGUGGGUGAACGUGGCGGCGUGCGUGGCGACCUUCCGCGAGGUCAGCCCCACGGCCGGCCUCAUCCUGCUGCCCUACCUGGGCUGGCUCUCCCUGGCCUCCGCCCUCAACUACGUCGUCUGGCGCGACAACCCCGACACCCCCGCCAAGCGGGACUAGGCCUCGCUCCUCAGAGGCUUCCAUCACAUUUUUUUUUGUUAAUUUUUGCAAGUGCCUUACAGAAAUAAUUUCCAUGCACCACUAGAGGAAUAUUGUUUAAAAGUAUAAACAAAUAUAUAUAUGUAGUAUAUCUUGUUUAAUAUAUAGUAAUUACAUAUCUAUAUUGUGAACUGCAGCUUAGAAAAUUGGAUGUUCACAAUAUGGUAAUUUAUUUAAUAUUUUUUUUUUGUUUUAAAAAAUUUGUAGGUUUUCUGCUUUUUUCUUUUGUUUCUUUUGUUAUUGCGUGGCAAUCAGAAAUCAGUUGUACACAUAAACUGAAAUCAGACAUUUUACAAAUGUCAUUUAGGUGUUACGAUUUUGAAAAUACUUUUUGUAAAAAAUUUUGCAUUAUAAUAAAAAAAUUUGUGCUUUGAAAGUAUUGCAGUGUGCACUUGUAAGUGUUAAAAUGUGCUAUUAGAACUUUUUAUUGUUUGUUAAAAUUUGUGCCGGUGAUAUGUUGCAAUCAUUCAUGUUUAACAUGUCAGUGUAUGAGGAUGUUAGCAGUUAAUCACUCUGAAUUAUGUCAAAAUUGUUAUAUUUUUUAAAGUGAUUGUCAGUUUAUUUUAAAUAAACAUCAACAAGUGCAAUGAAAAGCCACUGUAGGCUGGGUAACAUCAAAUGUUUAACUAUUAAGUGCCUCAGAGCUAAAAAAAAGUCUUCUAUCUACUUGAAGCCAAAGUGUGUUAUUAAUAUGGCAAUAUUUAGAGAAAAAAGUAGUUGUAACUAGUUUAUAGUUGUGGUGGAUGAUAAUUUUUUAUUUCAAUUAACUGAAUUACAUUUUAUUUUGACAAUGUUUUAAAUUUUUUAAUUCUGUUAGAAUUAAUUUGGAGCUGCAAGUCUUCAGUUAACAAACAUAUUUUGUUUUUGCAACUAUUUGAUGUACAACAUUCCUGUUUUAUUUGUAUGUGUUUUUUUCUCAAAAAAAAAAAAAACUUUAUUAAAGUUUAUUACAAAAAACUUUAAAAA